CACAGUUUGUUUGAAAAUGGCUGCUGCUUAGCGAUGCACAGCUGAGGAACUAUAUUUUGACAGAUACAGUUAAUAACAAAAUGGCAGAUUCUCCUGCAUCUCCGAAGAAAAAAGGGACAAGGAAAUCCAAGCGUCCAGAACCACUUGGAGAGGAGGGACACUCGAACCAAGGAACACCAUCUCCUACCAAGUCCGGAACAUCGACUCCAUCAAAGACCGGAACACCUGUGCCUCAGCCGUCCCCAACAAAAUCUUCAUCACCGGAGAAACAAAAAUCAGAGAAUGAAUUUCCUACAGAUGUCCCAAGCGAAAAGGCUCCACCAUCCCCCAAAAAAACUGUGGAGACAAAGAAGAAAGAAUCCCAAUCUGUUGAGUUUACCAAUAUUGAUCCCAAGUCUUACGGAAUAGAGUUUGACGAUGAGGAGUUUGUAUUUGAUCCCCCUUCUAAUGAUAAGGCCCUGCCUGACCUCUACCGCUUAUUGGACACAUUGGAAGGUGGCGACAAUGAGUUGGAGACUGAGAGACAACCGCCUGCUCUCUUUACUCGACCAGAACACGUUCCGAGGUUCAAGAAAAUCUCAGAGCUGAAGCAGGAAAUUGUGGAUGCUGAGUUGGGACCUCAUCUGGAGCAGUUCGAGGAAGGAGUCAAAGAUGAUGUUGUUAUGCUUGGACAGAUCUCGCUGGAAGAUGUCCAGGAGGAGGAGAAACACCUUAGGGAUGAACACAUCAGGUACAUGGAUCAGGAGGCUGAGCGGAAGAGAAAACAGAAAGAGGAAUUGUUACGAAGAGAAGAAAUGGCAAAGAAGCGUGUUGCUGAGGAAACCAAGCUGAAGAGAGAAGAGAUUAUGCGCAGGCUUGACAUGCUGAGACAGAAAGAAAAACUACUGAUGGACCGUUUGCACCGUGCCUACCGCCGAGCAGAAAGUCAGCUCAUAAGCGUCCUGGAACGCAGAAAGGGUGAAGUUAAGACAUUCUAUGGUGACCUGAUGACCAUUGAUGGUCAAUAUGGGGGAAGCCAAGGUCGACGCUGGAAAGUGGACUGGGACAGAACACCACAGCCUAUACAAGUCAAACUGGGAUGUCUCCGUGGUGUCAGGGACAAAUUGCCAGGAGGUCGUUACGUAUUGAUGGUGUCUCUCUACAACCGACUUGGUGGACAUGCGCUGCGCUGGUCAAAAUUGAAGAGUCAGAUGUGGGGAGCAGCUAGUCUACCUGUCCAGCAUGACGGCUACUUCUACAAUGUCGAGAUGAAGUUUGACCAGAGUGUGUUUACCGUGCUACCUUCCAAAGCAUCCCUGAAGCCUGGCAUGGUGUUGGUAUUUGAGCUUUUCCUACUUCGUGGAGCAACUGUCAAAUCAGAUCGGGUUGUGGGCUGGGGAAGUUUUCCAAUCUGUGAUGCCCAAUUUGAUAUCAUAGAGGGAAAGUAUAAGUGUCCAUUCCUGAGAGGUGAGAUGGAUCCUAACAUAGAGAAACAUGAGAAAGUGGAGGAACUAGUGGCCGGAGAUCUUGACCACUGGCUCUGCAACAUGUACCUGGAGAUUGUCAAGCUACCUAGGUUCCUCGCUGGACAGAAGGAGUAUGAGGUGGAGCUAGAGUUCUCCUCCACACUGACCGCCUAUCCUGAUAGAGUGAAGACAGGAGGGGAGGAAUAUAGAGAUGGAGAGAACCCAGAACCAGGCUCUUCUUCCACUAUAGGCUCAGAACAGGAGGUGGAUAUAGGAACAUCUCGAGACAGUCUCAAAUCUCCAUCAUUUUACGAAACAGACAAUGAGGGUCGUUCAGUGAGGUCAACUGCCACUGCCACAAAGGUCAAACUCAAUGAAGCUAAUAUGCUUGAAACAACAACCUAUGGCUCGCGUAUCAUACACAAGGAUAGGAAGAUGCACAUGGCCAUCGGAGAGGAUUCGGAGGAGAGUGACUCGGACAUUGACGAUAUGUAUGCCAUCAGGAAAGGUCAGGAGUUCAAACAGGUCAAGGGCAUGCCAGGAAUGUUUUACAAGCAUUACCUGAACAAUCCCCAAGACGAGUACCAGAAGAAGCUUUUCUCCAUGCUGCCUCGGACAACUCUGCUUUCACCUCCAAAGAACAAGAAAAAACUGACCCGUGUUGAACAGCUGGAGCAACAUUCCAUCUCCGUACAACCUGCGUUUGCUGGUAAGGGCCGUACAGCACGAAAGAGUUACGAGAAGAUACAGUACGUGGGACGUCAAUUUCUUGCUGAGCUUGGCCUUUCACAGUGGAGAAGCAGGGAAUUCUGGGGAAUGAUUCUGCUGUUUAUCGUCAUUUUCUUUAUGAGGAUGUUCAUGCAUUACAUAGGACAGUGGCUGUACCUACAUGUCAUCAAUAUCCCUGUCAACUCGUUCAACUUCCUGCCAUACACAGUAGAAUUGAACUACCAGCCGACACUGCUAGCGACGAGGGAUGAGAUCGGGGUAGUUUGGACUGGCCCACUGUUGAAUUUCAUCAUUUUCUGCCUAUUUAUAGUCCUGGUCUGGAUCUCCCAGCUCUUAUUUGGACUCUUCCCGGAUCUUGGAUGCAAAUUUGUGAUCGUUUAUGGGCUCCAUACGUUCCUUGAUCCCCUGACGAUUCUUAUUGUGGAUGUCUCCCUUGGACGUCAAGAGGUCACAGCUAUCGAUCCUAUUGCGGACUUUGCCAAGCUGUACUGGCACUUUGACACAGUAGAGGGAUCAGGUCUCUCUGGAAUCUUCCUCACGGCGUUCAUAUACGUCUUUCAUAUGUUCAUGACUUCCUCCUGCCUCUACAUGUACUUCCUCAGGCUCCACAACAAUGGUCGUCUGCUUGACGUGUACUGGCGUCUCCGUGGUGAUGAAGAAAAGUUCUUUAUUCCAUAUGACCUUGAAGUGUCCAAUCAGGAACUAAACUACAUCAGCAAGAAGGCAGAAAUGUGGCGUGGUGAGGAAGGGGAGCGACGCAAAGUGGCUGUGUACGACUACAUUUGGGAGGAAGAAGAUGUGGAGGACAGCAUUUGGGAUGAGAAGGGAAUUGAAAAUCGAGAGAAACAAGAUGGACGCAAGGAGAUCACAACUCAUUUGUCCAUCCACACCAUACAUCUGGAUGGACUGCGUGAACUGUACCGACAUUUUCUGCGUCUGCCUGACGGCGCCAUUGUGGAGGUAUUUGGAGACAUCAGUAUUCCUGGGAUGGACAAGGAUAUCAAGAACGCCCUCAUGAAGGGCUCCAAGGGACUGGAGAAUCUCAUGGGCUCUCAGGAUAGCCUUAACAAGGUCAAAGGUCGACAAACUGUUCACACCCGAAGUGGAUUCCAUGCCGACUCACCAACACCUAGCAGUGCUGGAUCUUCCAUGGAAGACAUCAAGAAGAAGAAGCUCAUGUAAACACGAGCAAAAUAGUUGUGACAAUAUCAACAAAAUGGAGUUUAAAGACAGGAAAUGUUUUUGACUUUAAUUCAAAUCUUAUAAAUUGAAAACUAUUUGUAAAUAAAAAAAAUCAAACAAAACUGUAUUGGAGAUGAAGAACAUUUCAAAGGAUUUAAAUAGUAUCAGACAAAUGAGCAAUCUACACUAUAAUCUUAUACAGUACACAGAGGUGGUAACAGGGCAGAAGUUGAUUCUGCAACUCUGUGUAGAAGUUAUUUUCUCUAAGUUAGUAUAGUAAUAAUAUAUCAAAAUCUAUUCACAAGAAAAUAACUAAACAACUAAAUUCACUUAACGAAAUCAUUGUAUUUAUGACUGUAAAACACUUUGCUUAAAUUUUUUAAUUGAUUAAUGUGGAAAGUUGUAUAAUUGGAUAUAAGAAGAGCUAUCUUCACAUGUAAAUGAGUAUUCUGGGUGAAAUUUGCUUUGAAAAAUCCAAGGAAAAGUAGUUAACUAAAGACCAUUUUUUUAUUAAAAGAAAAAUAAUAAAUAUUUUUUGAAAUAUUUUUUAAUUUGAGUGUAAGGUUUCUGCCCAGUUGAGGAUAUUUGUUUACUUGUUUGAUUCCUUGCACAUGUACAUACAUGUGACAUUUAAAUUUCAAAAUAUUAUUAAUGAUUUCGUGUCAGUUGAAAAGGUUUGAAUAAGUUGAAUAUAUUUAUGAACAGUUGUUCAACACUGACACAAAUAGUUCAUUUAUUCUUUAAAUUGUUAAAUGAAAUUUUACAUUCUACUAAGCUGGACUUAAAAAAACGUCAUAUUUAGACGAUUUUGUUUUACAUUCAUGUAAGCAGGCCUUACUUUCUGUAUAUAUAUGUAUGUAUUGUUACGAUAACUUCGUAGUUUUUAUUCGUAAAUGUUAUGGAACUGUUUGUUGAUGCACUUUAAACUUAGUGUGUUUGUAUUAGAUGUUUUUUCCCCUAAUUUGCAAUAGUUUUUUUAUAUCAUAUUUUUCAGAAAGAAAGGUGAUAACUAAAAACCGUUUUUUAUAAGGAAAUAAGCCCAAAGCUAAAAACUGAUUGAUCAGGAAAAAAAGUGCAUGGUUAAAAAUGGUGUUGAUCAGAAAAUAAGCCUAUGUAUAGCUAGAAAAUGUAUUGAUCAGAAAAUAAGCCUAUGUAUAGCUAGAAAAAGGUAUUGAUCAGAAAAUAAGCCCAUAGCUAUAAAAAUUUAUCAACCAGAAAAUUUAGUAUUGUUAAUAUUUAUUGGGAUUCCUGCCUACAAUGCAAAAUUUCCAAUUAUUUUAUAAGAAAUUUUAAAAUAAAAAAAAUAUUUGUGACAUAAAAGUGUUCAUAAAAUUAUUAUUUCAUAACACUGGUAUAAAUUAUUUACUACUUCAUUUCUGUGAAAUUUGAAAUUUGUGAAACGAACCUUUAGAAUUUGAAAAAAAAAUGUGUAAAAAUGAAUUAUAAACAAUCUUAGAUUGGUCAUACAUAACAUAUGAGAUGCAGCUACCUUGCUUUCAUAAAGUUAAAAGUUUGUUAAAUUCAAAUGCAUUAUUGAAUCUCUUAUUACUAAUAAAUUCGUUAUUACUAAUGGAUAACACAGAAUUUUUAGUUUUAAUUUUACUUUGUACAAAAUUAGAAUUUUAUUUUUAUUUAUUUUAUCUUAAUAUAUAAUGAUUUAAUUGGAAUGUCUCAAUUUUGUGUUUUUCUUUAAAAUUUUGGACAGAAAAAAUAAAAUCAUAUAUUGCAUAACAAUUUAUGCAAAAAUAUUGUAAAAUCCGUCCUGCAAAUGUCUGUGAUUUCUAAAAGGGUGUCACUUUCUUAUUUUAGCAAUGAAUGUAUUUUUCAGUGUCAUCCUAAGUAAAUUGCACAUACAGCAUUUUAUUUUUAAAUGACCAAAUAAAAUAUCCAGUAUUCACAAAUUUUAUUUUAAAUCCUUGAAUUAAAUCAAUUUCUUGCACAAUGUUUUAGAAGUGAAAAUAUACAGAUGAUUUUCAUAAUGCAGACAAAUGAUGGAACAGUGUUAUGUUUGACAUAUAAAACUCUAGCUCUAUAUACUUUUGGUUCUAAAUUGUUUAUUUAGUUAUAAAUUAUUUUGUUAAUCAUGUGUUAUCUAAAAUAUUGGGAGUUUUUUUAUUUCAAUUUCAAAAUUUCUUUAUCUCAAAUAGGAACACAUUAUGUAGAAAUAUUUGAUGAAGUAAUAUCUGUUGAUUGUUUAAUGAUUGUGUUACUUAGAAUAUUUUUAAUUAGAAAACAUUUCUGGAAAAUGUUUACGUUUGUUAUACAUAUUAUAUCCUGAUAGGUAUAUAAAAAUAAUUGUUUUGUUUAGAUUAAUCAAAUAAUUAACUAUGGUCAAGGUAACUCAAAGGUCAAGGUGUCUCCAAGUGGACAGCACAUUAAUACUAAAAUCAGGGACUAUUUUCAACAAAAGUGUCGAAAAAAAACCACCACAUUUUAACAUGGUUCUUCAGUAUUCAAAAGUAAAUCACAAAUUGAACUGAGUACAUGUUUAUUGUAAAAUCUUUGAAUAAAAAUAUUUACAGACUUUUAAUUCUGAAAUCUUCAAAUGGAGUGGUCGGAUAUGUUUUAGUGGAAUAAGAACAUCAAAACUUUUUUGAAUUGUAUUUCAACUUUGACCUUGAGGAACUUUGACAUUGCGUUUGACCCGAGGUGAGACUACCCUGGAGGUAUGUCCCGCAACCUUCCGUCCAUUUAUACACAAUUAUGAAGUAUUUAUAUUAAUAUACAAAUCAUUUAACAGAAGAAAUAAAAUAUAUUCUGCUUUUAAA